AUGAGUCCGAAAAAAAAAUCUGGGCACAAAAUUGAUAUUCUAUUUCGUAUUGAUGAUAUGGAAUAUUUCGGUUCAGAAACAUACGUUGACGAAGAUCCACAAAACUCCAAACCGAUUUCCUACAAGCAUAAAAUUUUGCAAAUGAAGGAUCAACUAGACCGUCUCUUGAAGAAGUUAAAAUUUACAAGGAAAACAAUUAAAGAGAUAAAGAACAUUGUUGUACAUGGAAUAAAUCAAGGAGGUCUUAACGGAAAGAUCUAUGCAAUGUACUACGAUAAUAACCUUCAGUAUUAUUUCGUUUUUGAGACAUGUCGGUAUCGGAUCGGUACUACGUGGGGAAGUAUUCCGGAAAGUCUCAUGUCUUUAAAAGAUAUUCUGUGCUUAAAGGAAGAUAUAAACAAUGUUCUUGAUACUGUUAAGAAAUUAACUGCUUUACGUACAAAGUCAGAGGAUUUAUUUACUAUAGAUAAUCUCCCAGAAACAACACCAUCCCCCAAAAAAAUUCCCAAGAAUAAAUUAUAG